GUUAGGUACCGGGAUGAAAUCCUCAGAGCGACUGUCUGACCUGACGCUGGUGCAGCAGGCCCUGGGUUCCUCCUGGUGCAGGACAAUGCCCAGCCUCCUGUGUCCAGAGUGUGUAGGCAGUUCCUGGAUGAUGAAGGCGCUGAUGCCAUUGACUCAUUCCCCUGAACUUAAUCCAAUUGAGCACCUAUGAGACGUUAAGUAUCGGUGCAUCCGACGCCUCCAAGUACCACCACAGACGGUCCAGGAGCUCCCUGAUACUGUGAUCCAGGUCUGGGAGGACAUCCCCCGGGACACCAUCUGCCAACUGCCAAUAAAAUGUACAUCAGUAAAGAUUUCCAACUUGAAUAAUUUGUUCAUCAAGAUCUGAUGUAUGACUUCGGGGUUGCAUGGGUGCCAUUCUUUUAAUCUGUGCAGCAUUUUAGACUUGAUUUUUGGAUUAUUAAUCUCAGUCUAGAUGAGAUAUCAGAUAAAUGUAGUAUGAAGCAGCAGAAAAUGAAAAUACUCAAGUAAAAUGCAAGAAUAAUCCGUUAAUUACAUACUAUCACUUUUGAGUGUACUUGCGAUGUAGUUCUGAUAUUUCCCACAGCACCUGAAGGCGGCAUCCGGUGCAGUUGAGAUUUACAGGGCUGUAAUGGGAGAGGUGACGAGACAGGAGGACACCCCAUGUAUCUGAGCAGCUCUGUGAGUAUUUUCCCCAUGCUGAACUCAACCGGAGGAGCUUAUAUCCGCUUUUAAAACGUUGCCAGCUGAGGUGAGCACAAUUAUUAUUAUUACGAAUGUUUCCAUGUUUCCACGAAUGUUUGGACAGCAACAGUUCUUGCUUUGAAUAAAAAUGUGGUUUCUAUCGUCACCAUUUAUGAUAGAGAAUACAAAUGUGCAUAUAGCAGCAUGGGCAGAUGAUGAGACAGUGGGCGUCUUUUUGUGGGUUUGUGUCUCUUUGAGGUCAUUUUGUGUCUUUUUCUAUUCAGCAUGUGUCUCCUUCUGGUUGUUUUGUGUCUCCUUGGAGUUAUUGUGUGUGUCUUUGCAGUUCCUUUGCAUCCCUAUGUGGUGUUUUUGACCCCCUGCCACUGUGGGCCCCUGGGCCUGUGCCUGGACGGCCUGUUCAGUAAACCAUCCACGAAUGAGGUCUCUCUGUUUGAGCUGUGCAGGAGGAAGAAGUGCCGAGAUGUUUCCUCUGUGUGUGUUGCUGAUGCUGCUGUGUCUUCAGUGCGGACGGCUCUGCCACACCCUGCAGAUGGUGCAGUCACUAAAUCUUCAGGUGGAGUACGGGGAGUCGGCCAUCUUGCCUUGUGACGGCUCAGCCUACCUGGAGGAGGAAGGGAGUGUCCAGUGGGAGGCAAUGGGGGAGGAUGUGGCUAUCCUCUGGAGCGGGGAGCUACAUCAGGGGGACAAAUUUCAGGACCGCGUUGAGCCGCUCUCGGAGGACAAGCUCAGGGAGGGAGACUGGUCCGUGGUCCUCCGGGACACAAUGCUCAGUGACACUGACAUGUACGAGUGCAUUUGGCAAGGAAGGAAAACCAUAGCAACAGUAUGGCUCACUGUCACGGUGCCCCAUGUUAAGCGCUCGAUAGUGGUGCCUGCUGGUGACUCGGUGGAUCUUGCCUGCUAUGUUCAGAUCUCCAGAAGCCAGUCCGUCAGCGAUAUGCUCAUCUGGUGGACCAGGAACGGCAGCACCAUACUGUCAAUAGAAAAAGAGGAUUUGUACUCGACUGUGGUGGUGUCUAGCCCCGAGGACAUGUCCCGAAUCAGUCUAGGGUUUGAUGGUAAAGAAGCAUUUCAUCUGUACAUGAGCCCGACAAAGAUAAGUGACAGUGGAGAGUACCACUGUUUGUAUAAAACCAGGGAAACUGAUGAUCCCAGGUCUGGGACACCAGAGAGUAUCACAUUGACUGUGCUGGAAACGGACCCUACUGAUAUUGUUUUUAACCAUGACGAGGCGACAGAGGACUGGCUCAGUGCAUCAGACUGGCCUACGAUAGUUACAACAGAGGAGGUGACAGGUGUCACUAAUCUUACACCUGUUCUCCUGGAGGAAUCCACACAACUGAUGAAAGUGGUGACAAAGGCGCCGUCGAUGGAAGCCUUCGAGGAGACGAUGACAUUGUUCCCAGAUGAAGAGGCAUCGUCUAAGUCUCUCCCAUGGGUUCGGAUCGGACUCAUCACCGGAGUCUUGCUGGUCACAGUGGCGGUGCUGUGCAUUCUGAAAGCUCACCAGAAAAUUUGACAUGCGCAGCAGGAGGGAUG